AUGCCGAACGAGUACUAUGCUGAUGACCCACCCAAGCUCCCGUCCACAGGAGACUACACUUGCGGCUGUAUUGGUGGCAACCAUCCCGUUGAGUGCUCCAACUGCCGCGGGAAUAUCUGGUCUUAUGGAAAGCUGGUGGGUGAGGUGUCCAAACGGUUGUGCUCAACUUGGCACUGUCACUGCUUCCUCAAGUGGGAGUUAUCGCAGCAGGCCGACGUCGGGAAGCAGCCCGUCUACGAAACCUUCAAGGCAGCACCAUACAACUUCGCGUCGAGGAUAAUGCCCCGAGGACCGCAACUUGAAAAAACAUUUGAAGAUUGCUGGCUGUACCUGGGUACUUGGGCACCUCGGUGCGGCAGUGGGUGGAACGCGUCCCCGCUGAAACGUCACUAG